GGUGAGUUGCGCUGCUGUGGUGGGAUUGUCUUUGUUGAGAAAAAAUGUCGACGCGAAAAAAAGUUUUAAUCCAUUAGUCAGAAAGUCUGGCAUUUUUUUUUUGUUGGUAAAAAGCGCAAUUGUUUGGGUGAGGCAAGUGAGAAAAGUGCGCGGCUCCAGCGGGAUUAUGUAAAUGCAGCAGCGGCGAAGAAUCUGCAAGCGAAGCGAGCUGCUCCACUUGGCCCCACGGACGAAUACGCGGACGGACGCACGGACGGACACGGUGGCGUUGGCAAAGUGAAAUCCCCAGAGAGAGACAGGCGAAAGCAAAGACACAUACACGAAGCAAGCGUGAAAAAGAGAAACUGUGAGGAGGUUGAGUUGGAGAAGGAGAAGGAGCCGCUGAUCCCUUACAGCAUCCCGACAUCCCAUCCAGCACUUCCAGGAUGGACAACUGCGAGGACGCCAGCUUCCGGCUGAGCCACAUCAAGGAGGAGGUCAAGCCAGACAUCUCGCAGCUGAACGACAGCAACAAUAGCAGCUUCUCGCCCAAGGCCGAGAGUCCCGGACCCUUCAUGCAGGGAAUGUCCAUGGUGCACGUGCUACCCAGCAACUCCGGCUCGGCCGGCGCCAAUAACAACAGUGGGGACGCCCAGAUGGCGCAGGCGCCCAACUCGGCAGCUGCAGCCGCCGCCGCAGCCGCUGCCGUCCAGCAGCAGUACCCGCCGAACCAUCCGCUGAGCGGCAGUAAGCACCUCUGCUCCAUCUGCGGAGACCGGGCCAGCGGAAAGCACUAUGGGGUGUACAGCUGCGAGGGCUGCAAGGGCUUCUUCAAGCGCACGGUGCGCAAGGAUCUCACAUACGCGUGCCGCGAGAACCGCAACUGCAUCAUUGACAAGCGGCAGCGGAACCGCUGCCAGUACUGCCGCUACCAGAAGUGCCUCACCUGCGGCAUGAAGCGCGAGGCUGUGCAGGAGGAGCGCCAGCGCGGCGCCCGCAAUGCGGCGGGUAGGCUGAGCGCCAGCGGAGGCGGCAGCAGCGGCCCGGGGUCUGUGGGCGGCUCAAGCGGAGGCGGAGGAGGCGGCGGAAUGAGUGUGGGAUCCGGCGGCCUAGGAAGUGGCAACGGCUCCGACGACUUCAUGACGAACAGCGUGUCCAGGGACUUCUCCAUCGAGCGCAUCCUGGAGGCCGAGCAGCGGGCGGAGACCCAGUGCGGCGACCGAGCUCUGACCUUCCUGCGUGUCGGCCCCUAUUCCACAGUGCAGCCGGACUACAAGGGCGCCGUGUCAGCCCUGUGCCAGGUGGUCAACAAGCAGCUCUUCCAGAUGGUCGAAUACGCGCGCAUGAUGCCGCAUUUCGCCCAAGUGCCGCUAGACGACCAGGUCAUCCUGCUGAAGGCCGCUUGGAUCGAGCUGCUCAUCGCGAACGUGGCCUGGUGCAGCAUCGUGUCGCUGGAUGACGGCGGUGCCGGAGGCGUCGGCGGCGGCGGUCUUGGGCACGACGGCACCUUCGAACGGCGCUCGCCGGGACUGCAGCCCCAGCAGCUGUUCCUCAACCAGAGCUUCUCGUACCAUCGCAACAGCGCGAUCAAGGCCGGCGUUUCGGCCAUCUUCGACCGCAUCCUGUCCGAGCUGAGCGUGAAGAUGAAGCGCCUGAGCCUAGACCGCCGCGAGCUGUCCUGCCUGAAGGCGAUCAUACUGUACAACCCGGACAUACGAGGGAUCAAGAACCGGGCGGAGAUCGAGAUGUGCCGGGAGAAGGUGUACGCCUGCCUGGACGAGCACUGUCGUCAAGAGCACCCGGGUGACGACGGCCGCUUCGCGCAGCUGCUGCUGCGGCUGCCCGCCCUGCGAUCGAUCAGUCUGAAGUGCCAGGACCACCUGUUCCUCUUCCGCAUCACCAGCGACCGGCCGCUGGAGGAGCUCUUUCUCGAACAGCUGAAGGCGCAGCCGCCGCCUAAUCUGGCGAUGAAACUGGAGUAGGGGUCGGACUCGAAAGUCGUCCCCGUUCUCCGCCCCAAGAAUGUUUCAUUGUGAUUGCGUUUGUUUGCAUUUCUCCUCUAUAACCCCAAUAUCCUCAAAAAGCCCCUCUAAUAUUACGCUAAAUGUGUAUUUAAUUGUUUAUUUUUUUUUAUUACCUAAUAUUAUUAUUAUUGACAUAGAAAAUGUUUUCCUUAUGAAGAAGAUUAGCCUCCUCGACGUUUGCGUGCCCGUAAACGAAAAACCAACAAAAUCCAAAACUUGAAAAGAACACAACACGAAAAAAGAAAGCACACAAGCAAAGUAAAAGUUAAACUAAAGCUAAAAGAUAAAAGAUACAAGAGUAAACGUAAUAUAUUUAAAGGUUAAAAUUUAAAGCGUAGUUAUGAUCUACAGACGUACAUAUGUAAACAUACGAGUUCAGAAUACAUAUAUAUGUCGGCGGGCGCAAGUCUGCGGUGCUGGCCCUGUUCUAAAUCAAUUGUAAUUACUUUUAAACAUAAUUGUACCCAAGCGUUAUCAAUUACUUGCGAGAUACAAGAAACACAGACGAAAACCAACAAAAUAUAUCUAUGUAUAAUAUAUAAACUGCAUAACAAGA